UCCUCGAGUGCAGCAGGCGGCGAGCCGCGCCACAAGAGGUCACCCCUGCCUAUGGUCACCCUUGAGUGCCGCCGACGGAAGGAGGUGCGGGUGGCGGCCCUGCGGGCCCUGCGGGACGUGGCGAGCUCCGGAGACGCCGCCACCCUGGCGGUCGUCAGGGGCUGCCUGCUGCAGGGCGCCGCCUCGGAGGAGGUGCGCGAGGAGGCGGUGCGACUGCUCUCGGCGCUCGCGGUGCGCGGGGAGGUGGGCCACAUGCGCAUCGCCCUGCUGGCCCUCGCCGCCUCCGAGGGAGCCGUCCGGGAGGGCGGCCUGGCCACCCUGAGGCAGAUCUGCGGGCCCCGGGGCCGCUGCCCGGGCUGCCUGGAGCCGCUCGGGGAGGUGGCCCGGUCCCACGCCGACGUCGAGGUCCGCGCCGCCGCGAUGGAGCUCGUGCUGCAGGUGGAGGACGUCGGCGGCCGGGAGGGCACGGCCGUGGCUUUGGCGGGCCUGGAGGACCCCGAGGAGCAGGUGGCCCUCGCCGCGCUGGCGACGCUGUGCCGCCUGUCGCCGAGGGGGACCGAAGGCCCGGCUCCGGCGGCCCUCUCCGAGCUGGCGCAGCGCCCCGCGCGGCCGGCGACCCUCCGUGCCGCCGCGCUGGACGCGCUGGUGGAGCUGGCGCCCGCGGGGGCCGCCGGCGCCGCCGCGGCCGCGGCCGCGGCGCGCCUGCUGGGCGACCGGGACAACGGUGUCCGUGCAGCAGCUCUGAACGUGGUCAAGCGCGUCUCCUCCCGCGGCGACGAGAACGUCGAGAAAGUGUUGGUUGAGUACCUCGGCGGGGGAACUCGGGAGGAGGUGGUGCUUGAGUCGGUGCUUCAGGCACUCGACUCUGUGGCACACCCUGGCAGCAUUGGAAGUUGUUCGCAGGCACUCCACGCGUUCCUCGGUGGGGGCGCCGACGGGAGCCUGAAGCUGCUCGCGGAGCAGGUUCUGAGCACCCGCGCCUCGGAGAGCGUGGGCAUCGAGGGCUGCGGGCGGAAGUCCAGGGACGAGAAGUACAGCCACAGGCUUCCCAUGGCUCUGACGAACGACACGUUGGGAUACACCUCGGACGUCACUGCGCGGUAUGUACAGUCGGACCCCUCGGGCCGGCUCCCGCGGGAGGCUGGACUAGGCCCUGCGGCCGGCCGCGCGAGCGGUGCAGCCACGCGUGCCGGCAGAGCUGUCACGAAGGUGCCCAUGGCGUCGCGCGAGAUGCUCGCGCGGGGCGCGGGCAGUGCGCUCUGCUCCGCGGUGGAGGAGCGCCACGGGAUGCAGGAGAGGGUGAUGGGCUACAUCCGGGCAGUGCUCUCGGGCAUUGGCUCGAGGCUGGCCGACACGAAGGCCGCGGCGGAGUCGGCUGCUGCCGAGGCGUCGGUCGCGCUGGAGGCGUCGCGGGGGGAGCUGUCCAAGGCCGUGGAUACGCUCACCGAGGCUCAGAAGGCCCUGGACACCCAGGAGGAGAAGCUGUCCGAGGCCAAGCAGGCCUUGUCGGCGGCCGAGGCGGAGCUCAAGAGGGCCAACCAGGGCGUGAAGGCCAGUCAGAAGGUCACCGACGGCAUCGAGAGGGAGAAGGCGAAGUUCGUGGACUUUCUGGAGAAGCCCGAGUGGAAGGCCCUCAUGGCGGGAGAGUGCGAGUCGGACAAGGAGCGCCACAAGCUCGUCCAGAAGGUGGUGUCCCAGUUCCAGCGUCUUGGGGCGGAGGACGCUCUGCUCGCCAGCGCGCCAGCCGCGCUGUCGAAGAAGCCAGAGGAGCGGCAGGGGUUCGACACCAUGGUCCUCGACUCCCUCGUUGCGGUGCUGAAGCAGGGGGAGAAAGCGUGCGACAGCAGGCUGCAGGACGUCGCGCAGGAGAGGACGGGCCUCGACGCGGAGGCCGCUGCCAAGGCGACCUGCCACGCGGACUCCCUGGCCGCCUGGGAGGCAGAGGGCGACGAGGCAUCGAAGCGGAAGGCCGUGGUGAAGGAGAAGGAGAGCAGCAGGGCCGAGUGCGAGGCCAAAGUCGAGCAGCUCACCGCGGUGGCCCAAGAGCGAGGCGGGGAGCGCGACGCAGCCGCGGAGGCCGUCGCGGGCUUCGCCGAGGCCGUCCAGUCGCUGGACUACCUGGCCGCCCGCUCGCUGGCGCCGCCGCCGGAGCCGGAGCCCGAGGCCGCCGACCCAGCCCCCGCCGAAGAGGCCCCGCUGCCGGCCGAGGGAGCCGCAGCCGCCUGA